UAUAAAAACUAAAUUUUCGGUUUGAAAAAUGAAAAUUUGGAAUCCGCUAAAAUGGGUCGUUCUAAUUUUAUUGCAUUUCUCUGCAAGGGAAAGUGAGAGUGCCAAAAUUUUGGCAAUAUUCCCAUAUCCGGGUCCGUCGCAAUAUCUGGUGGUGCAACCCUAUUUGAAGGCCUUAGCCGCUCGCGGUCACGAACUGACGGUUAUCAGUGCCUUUCCGCAGAAAAAGCCAUUGGAAAAUUAUCGUGAUAUUGAAGUUCCCGAAGUGUUGAAAUAUGUUGGAGAUAUAUUCGACUACAUCGACAUGGAGAUAAGCAAAUUUCAAGAAAUUGUUGGUUUUUCUUUUUUCUACAUUUCCGUGGUAAAGGAUGUCCUUGGCAAUGAACAGGUUCAAAAUCUUUUGAAAUCGCCCCAGGAACACUUCGAUUUGGUUAUUGUGGAAACCUUACAAACGGAUGCUUUAUUUGGAUUUGCGGAUCAUUUUCAGGCUCCCUUGAUUGGUUUCUCGUCGUAUGGCACGGAUCCCUAUAUAGAUGCCUUAGUUGAUAAUAUAUCACCAAUGGCGUACUCACCUUUGCAUACCGACCCCUCAACGGAGCGCAUGGAUUUCUCACAACGCCUAAGGAAUAUGUGGCACAACCUACUGAUGAUGGGCCAUAGGGUGUUUAUGAUGAAUCCUAUGCAGGAUCGAUUGUAUCGGGAAUAUUUUCCUAAGCAUACGAAAACAUUAGAAGAAAUGAGACAGAAUAUAUCACUCAUAUUGCUGAAUCAACAUUUCAGCUUAAGUUUUGCCAGACCCUAUGUGGCCAAUAUGAUAGAGGUAGGAGGCUUUCACUUACAACAUAAACCACAACCCUUACCCCAAGAUGUGGAAGAAUUCAUUGCCUCCUCGUCGCAAGAAGUCAUUUAUUUCUCCAUGGGCUCCAACAUCAAAAGUGAAAACUUUCCCUUGCCCAUUAGAAAGUUGCUGUUGAAUGUUUUCUCCCAAUUGCCCUAUAAGAUUUUGUGGAAGUUCGAGAAUCCCUCCUUGUUGGCAGAUAAACCCUCGAAUGUUUUCAUUAGCAAAUGGUUCCCGCAAGGUGAUAUUUUGGCCCAUCCCAAGGUGAAGCUGUUUAUAACCCACGGUGGUUUGUUGAGCUUCAUAGAAUCGAUAUACCAUGGCAAGCCGGUAUUGGGCAUACCGAUUUUCUUUGAUCAAAUAAUGAAUGUUCUAAGAGCUGAACAGUAUGGCUUUGGUUUAUCACUCAUUUAUCGACAGCUCAACGAAAGCUCCCUGUUGGCUGCUGUCACAGAGCUCAUGGAAAAUCCCCAUUAUGGUGAGAGAGCUCAAGAGAUAUCUAAACGUUAUCGCGAUCAACCCAUAGAUCCCAUGGAGAAGGCCAUCUAUUGGACGGAAUAUGUCAUAAGGCAUCGUGGUGCUGGAUUCUUGAGAUCGCCAGCACAAUAUUUGAAUUACUGGCAAAAGAACAGUUGGGAUUGUGCAGCUGUCAUAGGGGGAGCUUUUGUUAUGGGCUUUGCCGUCUUCGUUUUUAUUUUUGUACAAAUAACGAAAUGUGUUGUACGUUUGAUUAGCUCGAAAAAGAAAAAAGCAGGCCAUUGUUCGUUUGCGUGCUGGAUAACGCUGCCCAAACAUGAUAGUGGCAGCGCAGUCCAUGUUGGCCGCGAAGAUACUUGGUAA